AUCCUCUAUAGCACCUGGAAUUCUGAUGAAUGCGUUGUGUGUGUGUGUGUGAAUUGUAUUUGAUUAACUAUUUGCUGUGAUCGUCUCGAAUUGAUGUAAUUAAUACAAUAUCUAUUGUUUGCACAGAUACCGGAAGUGUUCGAGACUACCUGCUUGGAGGCCACCAAUGAGUCCAAAUGGUUGUGGAAAGAGUCGUAAACGAGCCAAAAGCGUGGAAGAUCUACUAGAGACCACUGCCCAACCGGAUUCGCGAUUACAGGUGCAGGCUCAAAUGAAAAAGGCAAAAAGUUUGGAAGAGUAUCUGGACACAUGCGAAGAAGACGCCGAGGACAGUUGUAGCGUCUCGGCGUCCGUCAGUGACAGCAUAAAGAAGAAAAACUUCGUCAACAAGUGUAUAAACAAAAUGAAAUCAUUUAUAACGGCCACCAAAAAGACUUCAAUGGACUCAAAAUAACGAAUAUUUAAUAUUUCGAUAUUUUUAUGAUAAUAUAGUGCAUUAUAGUGUAUAUAUAUUUUUUU